AUGGCGAACAGAGCAAGGUGGGUGAUGAAGUUUGAAAAGGGGCUUAUUGAUAUACUACAUGAGAACAAUAAUUCACACUAUAGGACUCCAAACGGUUGGAGAAGCGAGGGAUGGAAGAAAAUUGUUAAGGACUUUAAUGAUAGGCACCCAGAUGCAGGGUUUACUAAAGUUCAAAUUCAGGAACAUGAGACUCAGCUGAAGAAAGACUAUAAAUUGAUAAAAUCCAUCCUUCAGCGUGAUGGUGUUUCAUGGGACCAGAAUGCUUCUAUGAUCAGAACAACAGAUGAAAUCUGGGAUGAGAUAAUCGAUGAGUCACCAAAAGCGCGGAAGUACCAAAGUAAGAGUUUUCCAUUGCUUCAGUCGCUGGAGAUGUUGCUUGAAAAACAUAACCAAUCUGCUACCAUGAUAGGGGAUAUUCCUGAAGGGGUUGGCAAUAUUGACGAGGAAGACAACAACACCAGCACACUGCGAAGCAUGUCUAGAAGACUUUCUGCACUGGUUCCUGGAAGCAUCGAUGAGGGUGAGAACAAUAUCAGCGCACUGCAAAGAACUCUGGAGCUAGGAUCACAAGGUCUGGAAGAUGUCGAUCUUCUGCAAAAUCACGAUGAAGAGGCAUUGGAAAGACCACAGCCUGGGGCAGACCCAAAGCCACAACAAAGAGCCGAUGAACCCGCGCAGUCAAGUUCUUGCAUAGAACCACAAAAGGACAAGCGCAAGAAGCGCAAGGCGUCUGACAUCCAACAGACCAUGGAGGCUUAUCUAGACUUCAGAAUGAAACAGGCUCGCACGAAAGAACAAACCAAAAAGGAUGGCGAGCAGUUCUCGAUUUCAAGGUGUAUCAAGGCUCUCCAAUCUAUGACCGAUGUGUCUGAUCAGGUCAGGGUUCUAGCUGCUGAUGUCUUCAAGGAUUCGGUGAACCGGGAGAUCUUUCUCUCGUAUGAGCUGAGGCUUCGCGCUCUGUGGCUGAAGAGGGAAGUCAACAGGUUACUCUGUUAA